UACGUGGAAUGAACGAAUAAAAAUAAUAGACGAAAAGAAACGAAAACUGACAUUUUCUUGCAUUCACAACUUUCGUUUCAAAUCAUUUGUGUUUUGUACGUGUAGCAAUAUUGAAAUCAUAGAAAAACAAAACAAUGCCUGCACCAGCUAGUUCAACCUCAGUGGGCAGUGGCACCCGCUCGCCCAGCAAAUUGUCAGCACCACGUAGCGCUGGUGCUGGAGGCAGCAAUUUAAAACAACGUAAAACCACCAGCAGCACCACUGCUGCACGUAGCCGUACUACCGGUGGCGCUGGCACUGGUGGCAUGUGGCGUUUCUAUACCGAUGAUUCUCCCGGCAUCAAAGUAGGUCCUGUCCCCGUUUUGGUAAUGUCUCUUUUGUUCAUUGCCUCCGUUUUUAUGUUGCAUAUCUGGGGCAAAUACAACCGCUCUUAAAUGACGUACAUGAUGUGUGCAAUGAAAUUUUGUUACCUUCAACUCCGUAUGUGUGUUGAUAUUGUUGUCGUCUUUCGUGUAUCGAACGUAACCCAAUUUUAUUCUUCAUUCAUUCAACUUUGUCGACGUCAUCAUCAAUGGGUCGGUCGGUUUGUUCGUUAACGCUGUUAGAAAGUUAUGUUUCAUUGAUGUUUCAAUUGAAUUCUGCCUUUCUAGGCUGUGUAAUGUUACAACCUUCCAUAAUUUUUAGUUUAUUCCUAAAUGCAUAUUUUAAGUUAAUCAUUUUUUUUUUAUAUUUAUAUAAAUUAAAGAAAAUUUAUUGCUUUGUAUAAAGCAUUAGAA